GCCAGCCCCCUCUUUCGGUGGGGAGUUCCCGCAGCAACAGCCAGCCUGGUCCGGUCCGCCCCGCCCGGGAGCAAGGUUCUGGCGGAGACGCCCCAUGUUCAGACGUUCACAUCUCAAGAUCCUAAUUAUUGGGAAUUCAGGGGCAGGCAAGUCAGCCCUGAUGAACCAGUAUGUUAACAACCGCUUCAGCAGCCGCUACCGAGCUACCAUUGGGGCCGACUUCCUCAGCAAAGACGUACACAUAGAUGGACGCUCACUGACGGUGCAGAUCUGGGACACGGCUGGCACAGAAAGGUUCCAAGCGCUGGGCACUGCCCUCUACCGAGGGUCAGACUGCUGCCUCCUCGUCUUCGAUGUCACAUCGGCUCUCUCUUUCCAAGCCCUGGAGAAGUGGCACAAGCAGCUGCUGUUGCAGAUGGAGCUGGGGGAAGAGCCUACUUUCCCCAUCGCCGUCAUUGGGAACAAAACGGACUUGGAGAACCGCGAGGUCACUUUUGAAGAAGCGGAACUGUGGAGCAAGCUUCACGAUGCCACAUACUUCGAAACCAGCGCCAAGGCAGCCACCAAUGUGCAGGAGGUGUUCGAGUGGGCCAUCCGGGCUGUACUAAAGAAUCGCAGGGGACCUGAACAGCCACAACCUGACUCUGUUCACCUGGAGACGAGGCCGCCAGAAGGGGCACAUCGGGAAAAGUGUAGCUGCUGAUGAGCCCAGCUGCUGAUGGGAAGACUCCUUCUUUCUGCACAUGCCCAGAGGACUCCUGUGUGCAUUGUAACAAACAAGGACAGCCCCAAGGACAUUUGGCACCAGGUUACAGCCAGCAGCUUCUGUAGCUAGGUCCCGGUGCAGCCCGUGGCCCCUCUGAAAGAGGCAGCCCCAUGUGGGGUGGUGGGGGGAGAGCCGGGUCACAUUUGGGGCUGCUCUUCACCCAAGCGCAUGGAAAUAAAUGUGAAUUCCAAUUCUGUGCCUUCCCAUAGCAUGAACACCCACGUCCCAGCCUUUUCAUAAGGGGAAAAGG